AUGGACAAAGCGCAAUUCUCUCCGUCGCUGACGGGCUCACAGAGUGUUAGGACUUGGACAAACUUGAGCACAAACGGGUAUGGAGAAGAGCUUGGGACGCAUGGCAUGAGUCCGCUGAGUACCCCUGGCUACAUUGACAGGCUAUACGAUAUGGCUGCCCAGGCGAAUCGUCCAGUGAUACUCAAUAUUGUCUUGGGCACACAUCAAUAUGACCACGACUUUGAAACCCAGCUGCUGGGUUGCUUCCCCAACUUUCCCAUCCACCUUUUAGCGGAUAUUUACGAAUCAAGUACAUGGGGACGAGGCACGGUUAUUCUCCCAAACACCACCGACGAGAGAUCCGUGGCCUUUCUUGCCAAUUAUCCACAAGUUCAAGGAGCAAGCCGCAGCCAGAGAGGGCCUAAGGAUGAUAUUACUCCCGCACGGGUUAACUUCCUUCCCAUUCUCUGCUGGUGUUCAUCUGUAGAGCGACAAGUAGCAGGAAGUCAACAAGAUACUCAAAAGAUUGCUAUUGUCGUGACGAUCAGCUUCCACGAAUGUGUACCAGAGAAGAUGGGCGAGUUCUGGUCCAUCGGGCGACGGCAAGAUCGCCUCGCCAAGUUCGAACAAUGGGCGUUCCUUGAUCUUGCUGCUACCUUCUCAGGGUGGCCAACCAUCUGGACUAAUGCGCGGCGCGAACUCGCCCAGAGGCAUGCGUCUAUGUACUCGAGCGCCAAUGCCGUCGCUAACCUUGGCACGACACGCAUCAUUCAUCAAGACAUGGCCAAUGUCAUCGCCCUCCGGGAAGAUCUGCGCCUGUUCAUUGCAGCUUAUGCAAAAUACAGCCAAAUCCUGCGGAGAAUGUUCCCGAAUAGCAAGAUGGCACGCAUCAACAAAAUGCGGAGCCUGGCGGGGAGAAGGCGGAACGAAGGACAGCCAAUGGAUGAUGCCGAGUUGAAGGAGAGUACUGAGCUACUCGAGCUGCUCGCAGAGCUGGAGAAUCGACUGCAAGACUCUCAACAGAAUCUAGAACAUCAGCUCGAGACUUCUGAGGUCAUCCUCCGUCAACUGGAGAACCUCCUCAGUCUGGCUUUCAACACUCAAGCAAUAGCUCAAGGCCAAGCAACGGCGAUGCUAAAUGUCCUAGCCACUAUCUUCCUUCCGCUAUCUUUCGUGGCAAGCGUCUUCGGUAUGACAAAGUUUGAGAUUUCAGCAGUGUGGUACCCGCCAGCAGCCGCUAUCGUCCUCUUACUUGUUGGCGGGGCGAUAUUUCUCCUUCGAUGGCUGGGUGUGGAUAUGAACAUGAUUCGACUCCCCGUGAAGCCGGUGUCGGCACUCAUAUCGAAGCAACAAAAUCCCACGUUUCGACUUCUAAAUGCUGGGCCUGAAGCAGAUAAUCCUGGUAUAAGUGCUGAAACGAAAGAGCAGCCUGUCCUAGAUCCCAAAGGAGUACGCAGCCAAGAAUCAGUCAAGUCGGCCCUCGGUAGCUUAGACGAUGUAACUUCGCUGUCGUCGGGGGCUCGACAGCAGUCAGAGACACUCAGCAAACUAAGAAAUACUCGAGCAGGCGAGAACCGAGAAAAGAAUCACUCUGAUACCGUCAAGGAGCCUGGCAAACCAGAUGAGAAUGCCCUGAAAGAUACCCAGGACUCUACUGCUAGUAAGCCAGAUACGGCGGACGACGUAACCUCUACGACGGUUUCAUCCUACCCGCUCGCCCCCAAAGCCGCCGGACGCAAGCCCCCCAUGACAAAAGCUCAGACUGAGCUACUUGAAACAGAGUUCCAGAAAACCCCGAAGCCAAGUCAUCAAAGAAAGAGUGAAAUCGCGGAUCUUCUGCAGGUAGACAAGCCGAGGAUAAAUAACUGGUUCCAGAACAGAAGAGUUAAGGAGAGGCAAAUUCAGAGGACUAGGAUGUUGGAGGCACAGCCUGUUGUAGAAUGGUCUAACGAAGGUAUAGUACAUGGCGGACAAAUUGCACACGGCGAAAAACCUCCAAGAGUUUCAACAUUUGGGGGUAUACCCUCUGGGGAGGACGGAAAGGUUGUGCAGCAGUUCCGCACUCCGCAAGACUACAGGGUUACUGGUGGUGGCGUUCCACAGUUGGCAGCAAGUGCCGCACUCCAGAUUCCACAAUUCUACAGUUUCCAAGCUCAGGGACCAACAAUCAGCCCAUCGGCGAACGAGAUUCUUCUGCCGGCGAGACCUUCAACGCAUGCUCUACAAGACUACCAGAUGCAACUGAUGCUUCUCGAGCAAAAGAAUAAAAAACGCUUGAUGAUGGCUCGCUCAGAGCAGGAUACAUCCGUUGCAGAAGGGCCAAGCGAUGCCGCGGGCAAAAGCAACUUCUCAAAUGUCGACACCGGCCCUGAACCCCAAACAGAGCAGAGAGUGCAUGAGCCAGCAUCUUGUCAGCCAGCUAAUCAAUUAGCUGGUGCUGGCAUAGUACCUGCAGUAGUCAGGGAUGUGUAA